UUCUUGUUACACCAAACUUAAUAAAUGGAGUUGUAUUGUUUUGCUGGAAUUACGAGUGGGGAGAUUUCAGGGGUAAUGACAUUGGGCUUCCACACAAAUAAAUUGCACGUAAGCUAUGAACAUGACUAAAUAGCAUCUCACUGCACUGUCUUCAUCGGCUUUGUUAUUAAUUAGCUGAAAUUCAGAGAUUUAAGCUGCAAGGAACUCUAAGGACAACUAAACCAAUUCUCUUUCAACUAACUGGUGAUGAAACUAAAACUAGAAAAUGACACAUUGGUCAAAGGCACCUUGUCAAAAAGCAGAAUUAAGACUUGAACACAGGAGUCCUGACCAGAGUCUUUUCUCUCUACCAGUGGUUUUUUGCACUGUGCUUUGAGGGUCCUUCCAGGGCCUGCCUGGGGCAGGACGAUCAGGAGGACUCUGGGCCUUCUAUCAGUCCCCCACCCCUCACCCCCAAACAAGAGAGCCGUUCAGAUUUUUUGGGGUGGUUUGUUUUUUUUUGUUUUCGCCGCACUGUACGGCAUGCGGCAUCUUAGUUCCCUGACCAUGGAUGGAACCUGAGCCCCCUGCAGUGGAAGCACAGAGUCUUAACCACUGGACUGCCAAGGAAGUCCCCACAUUAGCCCUUUUGCAUCUUGGGCUCCUUCAUAAGGUAGAAAGCUUUGGUUUGAGGAGGCUAUAGCUAAAAAUGGUCUGAAAGUCUCUUAGAAUAACCCUACAUUGCACUUCUUAUGGUUAUCUUAAGACGUUAAGGUCACUUUUUUUUUUUUUUCCCGGUACGCGGGCCUCUCACUGUCGUGGCCUCUCCCGUCGCGGAGCACAGGCUCUGGACGUGCGGGCCCAGCGGCCAUGGCUCACAGGCCCAGCCGCUCCGCGGCAUGUGGGAUCUUCUCGGACCAGGGCAUGAACCCGUGUCCCCUGCAUCGGCAGGCGGACUCUCAACCACUGCGCCACCAGGGAAGCCCUAAGGUCACUUCUUAAAUAUCAAGUGAUGGUGUCUGGGAUCCUGAGAAGUGGCAUGCCUCCCUCUACCCAGCUUCAGGACGGAGUUCACCAAUGGAAAGUCUGAAGAAAGAGUUAGAUACAGAUCGGCCUUCCCUGGUGCGCAGGAUAGUAGAUCCUCGAGAGCGUGUGAAAGAAGAUGACUUAGAUGUUGUUCUCAGCCCACAGAGACGAAGCUUUGGAGGGGGCUGCCACGUGACAGCUGCUGUUAGCUCCCGGCGCUCAGGAAGCCCAUUGGAGAAAGACAGUGAUGGGCUCCGCCUGCUUGGUGGACGAAGGAUUGGCAGUGGGAGGAUAAUCUCUGCUCGGACCUUUGAGAAGGAUCACCGUCUUAGCGAUAAGGACCUGCGAGACUUGAGAGACAGAGACCGAGAGAGGGACUACAAGGACAAGCGUUUCAGGAGGGAGUUUGUGGAUAGUAAGCGUGUCUUUGAGCGUAGAAGAAAUGAUUCCUACACAGAAGAAGAACCAGAAUGGUUCUCAGCUGGACCCACAAGUCAGUCUGAAACCAUUGAGCUGACUGGCUUUGAUGAUAAGAUACUGGAAGAAGACCAUAAGGGGAGAAAAAGAACAAGGCGACGGACAGCUUCUGUGAAGGAAGGCAUGGUCGAGUGCAAUGGAGGAGUGGCCGAAGAGGAUGAGGUGGAGGUCAUCCUUGAACAGGAGCCUGCUGCUGAUCAGGAAGUGCCAAGGGAUGCCGUCUUGCCCGAGCAGUCCCCAGGAGAAUUUGACUUUAAUGAGUUCUUUAACCUUGAUAAGGUGCCAUGCUUGGCUUCGAUGAUAGAAGAUGUUUUGGGAGAAGGGUCAGUCUCUGCCAGUCGAUUUAGUAGGUGGUUCUCUAACCCGAGCCGAUCAGGAAGCCGAUCCAGCAGUCUUGGGUCAACACCACAUGAAGAGCUGGAGAGACUUGCAGGUCUGGAACAAGCCAUCCUCUCUCCUGGACAGAACUCGGGGAAUUAUUUUGCUCCUAUACCAUUAGAAGACCAUGCUGAAAAUAAAGUGGAUAUUCUAGAAAUGCUACAGAAAGCCAAAGUGGAUUUAAAACCUCUCCUUUCCAGCCUUUCUGCAAAUAAAGAAAAGCUUAAAGAGAGCUCACAUUCAGGGGUUGUGCUUUCAGUGGAAGAGGUAGAAGCAGGGCUCAAGGGCUUGAAGGUGGACCAGCAGGUGAAGAAUUCAACUCCCUUUAUGGCAGAGCAUUUAGAGGAGACCCUGAGUACUGUGACCAGCAAUCGACAGCUCAGAAAAGAUGGAGAUAUGACUGCAUUCAACAAGCUAGUGAGCACCAUGAAGGCAAGUGGGACUUUGCCUUCUCAGCCCAAAGUCAGCCGAACGCUUGAAAGCCAUUUGAUGUCCCCUGCUGAGAUUCCAAGCCAGCCUGUCCCUAAGAACAUCUUGCAGGAACUUCUGGGUCCACCUGUUCAGAGACCUGCUUCUUCCAAUCUUCUGAGUGGCCUUAUGGGGAGCUUGGAGCCUACGACAUCUUUACUGGGCCAAAGAGCACCCUCUCCUCCCUUGUCACAGGUGUUUCAGACGAGAGCAGCCUCAGCAGACUACCUUCGUCCCAGAAUACCAUCACCAAUUGGUUUCACUCCAGGACCACAGCAGCUUCUCGGAGAUCCAUUCCAAGGCAUGCGCAAGCCCAUGAGCCCUGUCACAGCCCAGCAGAUGAGCCAGCUAGAAUUGCAACAGGCAGCUUUGGAGGGACUGGCCCUGCCACAUGACCUUGCAGUGCAGGCAGCAAACUUCUACCAGCCUGGUUUUGGCAAACCACAGGUGGACAGAACCAGAGAUGGAUUCAGAAACAGGCAACCACGAGUGACCAAGUCACCAGCACCUGUGCACGGAGGGAAUUCCUCUUCCCCUGCCCCAGCCGCCUCCAUCACAAGCAUGCUUUCUCCUUCCUUCACUCCUACCUCAGUGAUUCGUAAGAUGUACGAGAGCAAAGAGAAAAGCAAGGAGGAGCCAGCAUCUGGAAAAGCAGCUCUUGGUGACAGUAAAGAGGACACUCAGAAGCCCAGUGAAGAGAACCUCCUGUCAUCCAGCUCUGUGCCCACUGCUGAUCGAGACUCUUCUCCCACUACAAAUCCCAAACUAUCAACCCUACAGCGGUUUUCAUGUUCCACCCCACUAUCACAGACCAGUCGUUACACCAAAGAACAAGAUUAUCGACCUAAAGCAACUGGGAGAAAAACACCCACCUUGGCAUCCCCAGUUCCAGGAACACCUUUUCUCCGCCCUGUGCACCAAGUCCCCCUUGUCCCCCAUGUCCCCAUCGUUCGGCCUGCUCACCAGCUUCACCCAGGGUUGGUCCAAAGGAUGCUGGCCCAGGGAGUACAUCCACAGCAUCUUCCAAGUUUGCUCCAAGCUGGUGUGCUUCCUCCUGGGAUGGACCUGACUCAUUUACAGGGACUAUCUGGCCCAAUCCUGGGUCAACCCUUUUACCCUUUACCUGCCACUAGUCACCCUCUCCUAAACCCUCGUCCUGGGACACCUCUGCAUCUGGCAAUGAUGCAACAGCAGCUACAGCGCUCAGUUCUUCAUCCUCCAGGGUCUGGUUCCCAGGCAGCUGCUGUUAGCGUUCAGACGACGCCUCAGAAUGUGCCCAGCCGGUCAGGCCUGCCUCAUGUGCACUCCCAACUAGAGCACCGCCCCAGCCAGAGGAGCAGCUCCCCCGUGGGCCUUGCCAAAUGGUUUGGCUCAGAUGUGCUACAGCAGCCCCUGCCCUCCAUGCCCGCCAAAGUCAUCAGUGUAGAUGAACUGGAGUACCGACAAUGAGCAGGGCAGCAGGCUUGUCUAAGCCUGGACCUUUUGGUGGCACCCUGGUCAGGACUCUGCUUCCUCAUCUCAUGUUGGUUUAUGGGCUUUUACUUUGUAGCACUCUGUGCGAAGCUGUUGAAGGGCACCUAGGCACCUGGUGUUGUCUGCAUUAUGAUGGAAGGAACUUAUUAACCAAUCGAGUGGAGGCUACAUGGUCUGAAUACAGGAUGCAGUGUUGUCAGUCCUGAAUACAGGAAACAGUCUUUUUUUGUAAGAUAUGUGAAUGAAGUGUUGGUGUCUUCACCAAAAGGUGGCACCUUAAGGGUUCUGAGGAAAUAAAUGUAUAGACCCUUAUGUACAGACCUGUGUAUAAACAACUUUUGUACAUACAUAUAGGAUAGCUUUUUUGAACUUAUACAGCUGUACAUAAAAGUAGCUGAUAUUAGUUAAGCCUGUGUCAACAGUUUGGAUUUUUUUUCACUUGUACAUUUGGGACUUUUUCUUUUGGUUGAUUAAAGUUGCAUAUGCUAAGUGUGUGAAUGAA